GAAUCGAUCACGCGUAGAUAUUUAAAGCACGGGAUUAACACAGAAGGUCGAACAAUCACGGAAGCCAUGUUGGAUUUUUAGUGCGGAGAACCAAUGUAACCCAGAAAGCAAAAAUGCUGCACCCCCGGCGCAGUGCCCAGGACGUCCUUCUGUGUGACUCCUGUGAAACUUUCCCCCUACAGUGUCACUGUGAACUUUGUCAAAUCAAUCUCUGUACUAAUUGUGUAGGAAAACAUCUCUUGGAUUCCUCUAAAAGACACAACGUUGUGCCCUUUAAACAAAAGAAGUCUACCCCUAAUUACCCAGAAUGUCCGACACAUGCCGACAAACACUGUGAACUUUACUGCGAGGAUUGUGACGUUCCUGUCUGUUCUACCUGCAUCUCAGAUAAACAUAGAGGUCACAUUUUAUACGACGUUCUGGAAAAACUCGGCUCUAAAACACAAGGAUUACAAAACGAUUUAGAGGAACUAGAGACCAGAAUUUCUCCCCGCUAUGAAGAAAUGGCGUCCGAUGUCCAAACUGAGAAAGCCAAGUUAGAAACGAAUUAUGAGAAAUUGACCACAGCUGCCGACCAACAAGAAGAAAUCUGGCACCGAGAGAUCACCGCCAUUGUCAACCAAGUGAAAUCCGACAUUGCGGAGAUGAAAACUAAACAUAUGGCUGCCUUAGAUAAAAACACGGAUGAAAUCACGCACAGUAUUACUGAACUCAAACAAAUGAUUCUAAACCUGAAGGCAAUAUUAGAAUCCAAUGAUAUCUCUCUAAUUUCUACCUACAAAUCGAGGAAUAACGAGUUCAGAAGAUUGCCUCCUAAAGUCCGAGUUACAUUACCAAGUUUCUCUCCUCAGAAAAUAAACACAGACCAGCUCCGUGAAAUGUUUGGUUCUCUGUCACCAUUAUCCAUUAACACAGAAGAACAUGGCGACACAAUGAAGUCACCAGAAGCUGUACCGCCUACUCCAGUCAAACCAAUGAAGUCACCAGAAGCUGUGUCGUCUCCUCCAGUCAAACCAAUGAAGUCACCAGAAGCUGUAUCAUCUCCUCCAGUCAAACCACUGCUUGAUGAACCGCGACUCACCGCCACCAUAGACACUGGGUAUGGUGAAUGGAAACUAUACAGUGUUAGCUGUCUCAAUGAAGAUCAAGUCUGGACAUGUGGGGAUAACAAAACCAUGAAGCUCCUCAACCUCCAGAGUAAACUACUGACAUCAAUACAAACCGAGUCAGGGAUCAGACCAUGGGACAUAGCAGUGACACGGGACGGAGAUCUUGUUUAUACUGACUGUAACACUGUAAACAUUGUUAAGAAUAAACAGAUACAGACCGUGAUCACACUACAGGGGUGGAGACCUCGCUAUGUCUGCAGUACCGCCUCCGAUGAUCUCCUGGUUACCAUGAUCAGUGAUGAUAAAACACAAUCUAAAGUUGCGCGUUACUCCGGCUCCACAGAGACACAAAGCAUUCAGUUUGAUGAUCAGGAUCGUCCUCUCUAUUCAUCUGAUUAUAACGAUAAAUACAUUAGUGAGAACAGGAACCUGGAUAUCUGUGUGGCUGACCGGACAGCUAAAGCAGUAGUGGUGGUCAAUCAGUCAGGAAAACUCCGAUUUAGAUACACUGGUCAUCCCUCUAAUACCAAGCAAUCAUUUACUCCAGCCGGCAUCACUACAGACAGCCAGAGUCACAUCCUGACAGCAGAGUGUCGUUACAAUGGUAGUAUCCACAUCCUAGAUCAGGACGGACAGUUCCUCCGUUACAUUCACUGUGAUUUACACUCUCCAUACCGUUUAUGUGUGGACAUCAGAGACAACCUCUUUGUGGCUGAGUAUCUCACUGCUAAAGUGAAGAAAAUCCAAUAUCUAUAAACACAGUGUUAAUUACACAUCUCAACACAUUGUUAAUUACAUCUACCAACACAGUAUUAAUUACAGCUCUGUGUAGAUUACAGCUAUUAAACAGUGUUAAUUACAUCUCCAAAAACUGUUAAUUACACAUCUAAACACUGUCAAUUACAGUUAUGUGUGUUAAUUACAGUUCUGUGUGUUAAUUACAGCUCUGUGUGUUAAUUACAGCAGUGUUAGUGAUGGGUAACUAACCUGUGUAUUGACACAGUAGAUUUGUGGUUGUUUGUGUUUGAUUGAACAUUAUUCUGUUUGUUUAUUCAAUGUAUUUACAUGUAUUAUAUAUAAACAUUCUUCUGUUUGUUUAUUCAAUGUAUUUACAUGUAUUAUAUAUAAACAUUCUUCUGUUUGUUUAUUCAAUGUAUUUACAUGUAUUAUAUAUAAACAUUAUUCUGUUUGUUUAUUCAAUGUAUUUACAUGUAUUAUAUAUAAACAUUAUUCUGUUUGUUUAUUCAAUGUAUUUUCUUGUAUUAUAUAUAAACAUUAUUCUGUAAAUAAUUAUAUCUUUGAGUUUCAAUGUAUAUGUACAUAAAUAAACAUUAUUUAGA